AAAAAAACACAGAAUUAUUAUUAUUUUGCUGUUCAAAGCAGAGUUUUGUUUCCUUCUCCCAGUUCUGUUUUGCUUUAAAGUUGGAACCUAUUCAAGAAAAGUCUUUUGCCCUUUCUUGAAAAUUUUCUACCAACAUUUUCAUUCUUCUUUAGUAGAUAUCAAUCUUUUGCAUUAAUGGCUCACCAAAAUCUCUAACCCCUUUUCUUGAUUCUCCCAAAUCACUUUCUUUUAGGGUUUUGAUUCCUUUUUUCUUUCCGAGCAAUGAAGAAGUCCAAACUCGAUAACUCCGCCUCACUGAACCGAUUCGGUCUCGUUCAGUUCCUACUAGCUCUCCUCCUCUUCUACCUCCUCUGCAUGAGCUUCCAGAUCCCUUUCAUCUUCCGAACCGGGUCCUCCGGGUCCGACGACGAGUCUUUUACAUCACUCCCGAGACAGAUGUUUGCUGCUAAAGAAGCUAACCGGGCUGUCCUCGGAGAACAAGAAGUAGAACCGGGUCGGGUAAACCGGUUGGGUCGUAAACCGGAGAGGAGAAUGCGAGAGUUCAGAACCGUCUCCGAAAUCUUCGCCAACGAGAGCCUCUUCGACGGAUCCACCGACGAGUUCUCCAUCUUUUCGAAGCAAGCGAUUUCGACGGGGAAGAAAAUGUGGGACGGGGUUAAUUCCGGUUUAAUUACCAAACCGGAUAAAAAACCGGUUAAGAACCGGACGGAGAAAUGUCCGGAUUUUGUUUCGGUUACCGGUUCGGAGUUUGUGAACCGGAGCAGGAUCUUGGUUCUGCCGUGCGGGUUGACGCUUGGAUCUCACGUGACGGUCGUGGCGACGCCGCAUUGGGCGCACGUGGAGAGAGAUGGGAAGGGUGUGGAGUCUAUGGUGACGCAGUUCAUGAUGGAGUUGCAAGGGUUGAAGGCUGUGGAGGGUGAAGAUCCGCCUCGGAUCCUCCAUUUCAACCCGAGGAUUAGAGGUGAUUGGAGUGGGAAGCCAGUGAUUGAGCAGAACACUUGUUAUAGGAUGCAGUGGGGUUCUGCUUUGCGUUGUGAUGGUCGUGAGUCUAGUGAUGACCAAGAUUCUGUUGAUGGAGAGGUGAAAUGUGAGAGGUGGAAGAGGGAUGAUGGUGGUGGUGAUGAUGAUUCUGAUGAGUCAAAGAAGACAUGGUGGUUGAAUAGGCUAAUGGGUAGGAGGAAGAAGGUGACACAUGAGUGGCCUUAUCCUUUUGCUGAAGGGAAGCUCUUUGUUCUCACCCUUCGAGCUGGGAUGGAAGGUUAUCACAUCAGUGUUAAUGGAAGACAUAUCACUUCUUUCCCUUACAGAACCGGGUUUGUACUAGAGGAUGCUACUGGGUUAGCAGUGAAGGGGAACAUUGAUGUGCAUUCGAUAUAUGCUUCCUCUUUACCUUCCACAAACCCAAGCUUUGCGCCGCAGAAGCAUCUCGAGAUGCAGAGCAUGUGGAAAGCUCCUUCAUUACCUCAAAAGCCUGUUGAGCUCUUCAUUGGAAUUCUCUCUGCUGGUAACCAUUUUGCAGAGAGAAUGGCUGUGAGGAAGUCAUGGAUGCAGCAAAAGCUAGUUAAAUCAUCUAAAGUUGUUGCACGGUUCUUUGUUGCCUUGCACGCAAGAAAAGAAGUCAAUGUGGAUCUAAAGAAAGAAGCAGAAUACUUUGGUGAUAUUGUGAUAGUACCGUACAUGGAUCAUUAUGAUCUUGUUGUGCUCAAGACGGUUGCCAUCUGUGAAUAUGGGGUUAACACAGUGGCGGCAAAGUAUAUAAUGAAAUGUGACGAUGAUACGUUUGUGAGAGUGGAUGCUGUGAUCCAGGAAGCAGAGAAGGUGAAAGGAAGAGACAGCCUUUAUAUUGGAAACAUUAAUUUCUACCAUAAGCCUCUGCGCACAGGAAAAUGGGCUGUCACAUACGAGGAAUGGCCAGAAGAGUAUUAUCCUCCUUAUGCAAAUGGUCCGGGUUACAUCUUGUCAUAUGACAUAGCUAAGUUCAUCGUCGAUGAUUUUGAACAGAAGAAAUUAAGAUUGUUCAAGAUGGAAGAUGUGAGCAUGGGAAUGUGGGUGGAGAAGUUCAACGAGACUAGGCCAGUGGCGGUGGUUCAUAGUCUCAAGUUCUGCCAGUUCGGAUGCAUAGAAGACUACUUCACAGCUCAUUAUCAGUCGCCUCGCCAGAUGAUUUGCAUGUGGGAUAAGCUGCAGAGACUCGGGAAGCCCCAUUGCUGCAACAUGAGAUGACAUAACAUUGUUUUUUUUUGGGCCUGAUUCUGGAAUUUUUGGUUAGAAAAGAAAAUGAAGAACCAGAUGGGAGUUUGUGGAGCUAACUGUUUUAGAUCUCGGUGUAUAGAACAAACUAUAAUGUAUCUCUAUAUAUAAUAUUUAUAAUGAAGGGCUCUUGAAAAGUUGACUGAG